UUUUCGCUUAUUCUUAUUAACACUGGCUUGGCGUAAACAAAAAGCGCGACAAUAAAUAAAAAAAACCUAUAAAUUAAACUUUUUGUUGCAAAGCGUCUUAAUCAGAACAGCACUGAAAUCAACAUGGCCGAUGCUCCAGCCAAAAAUCGGGAAGAAGCCAUCCAAAAAUUAAAGGAUCUGGGAUAUGGUUUUAAUACUGAUGGUUGUCUGCGUAAGAUUGAUUCGCAUACUGGAGAAGUUGGCGAUGAACCCUUUGUGUAUGCCAUUAGUGAGAACAUAACCGAGAAUGAGAAGCACUACGAAAAAUUGGCUAAUCAAAUUCCCGAAAUUAUCUAUUCUUUGCUGGAACAGCAGGGUUUGGAACGGACAUAUAUCCCAUUUAACGAGCCAUUGGAUCGUUCUACGUUUAUCUUCACACAACCGGCAAAGUUGUCAAGAUCCAAGAAAUUACUAAUUCUCAUCCAUGGAAGCGGUUAUGUUCGAGCUGGCCAAUGGGCCAGAAGUCUAAUCAUUAAUAAUUCGUUGGACCAUGGCUCACAACUACCAUACGUGCGACGAGGUCAAGAGCUUGGCUAUGAUAUUCUAGUAACAAAUACUAAUGAUGGCGAUCGUCUAAUCAAAGGCAAAUAUAAGCCUAUCAAAGGUGUGGAGACACCAAUAAAACAUGCUACCUAUGUGUGGGAACACAUUGUGAUGCCUUCAAAUCCAGAAAGUGUGGCUAUAGUCGCCCAUAGUUAUGGUGGAAGUGUUACCACAGAUUUGGCGGAAAAAUUUACAGAUUUCUUCAAGGAGAAGGUUUUUGGCAUAGCCCUCACAGAUUCGGUCAGUGGAUCGUUGCAGCCCAAGAGUAGACCGUAUCUCUUAGAGGUUUCUCGCAAUUGGUGCUCAAGCUCGGAACCCUUGGACACUGAAUUAAAAUCUAUUCCCAAUUUCCCGUCACGAGUUUCUGCUGGCCAUGGCAAACACGAAUGGACCUCUUAUAGUGCCUUUGAGUCGGUUUUCAAGUUUCUUGAAGAUAAAUAUGAAAAGCGGCAACAGUCGACCUAACUUUUCAUUUAUGUAAUUAAGUUUUUCAGUUUUACACUUAUGUAAAAAUACAUUCAAGAUUUUGAGAAUACACAUUUGUCAUACCCUUUUGAA